GGUGGUCCUUUUUAAAUAAGCAUUUUCCUUAUCCCUCUGCACUUCCUGCAGGAUAUCUGAUAAAUCCCUAAUUCCAUAAAGCCAUCCUCAGCUCCUCCCCCAUCCCUCUGCCACUCUGUUUUUCAGAUUAUCAUUGCCGACUUUGGAGUUUCCCAUCUCUACCUCCUCUUCACCCAUUCCCAAGAAAAAUUAAUUAAGGAGAGAUAAUUCCAUGGAUGCUGACAUGAUGAAAUCAUCAGCAACAGAGGAUCACAUGGACAUGAUGACAAUGAUGAUGCAGAUGGAAAAGCUUCCUGAAUUCUGUGAGCCUUCCCAGAACACCGCUAUCUUUCCUGAAAUUCAGUUCUCCAGCAUGUGCCAACACACUGAUACUAAUGCACUAGAUCCCAUCAGAAUUUCGCAAUAUCAUAUUGUAUCUUCCCAGCUUAAUCCCAUGACGAGUCUGCAGCCUUUCAUCAUGGGCAAUCCAGUUCAAGAACCCAUGACUCCACCACUCCAACCUAACAUGGUCACAAACAAGUUCAAGUACCCGGGUCCCUUCUCGAACCCGAAUUCAUAUCCAGACAAGAAAAACUCCACGACAGCAAUGAGGGAGAUGAUCUUUCACAUAGCAGCAAUGCAGCCAAUCCAAAUAGAUCCAGAAUCCGUCAAGCCUCCGAAACGAAGGAACGUGAAGAUCUCGAAGGAUCCGCAAAGCGUUGCGGCGAGGCAUAGACGGGAGCGGAUAAGCGAGAGGAUAAGGAUUCUGCAGAGACUGGUUCCAGGAGGAACAAAAAUGGACACCGCUUCCAUGUUAGAUGAGGCUAUUCAUUAUGUGAAGUUCUUGAAGAAACAAGUACAAUCUCUAGAACAAGCUGCAGUUAACAGGCCGCCGUCCGGUGCAACAAUGGCGAACAUGGGUUUCUCCCCCAUGGUAAAAGGUUGCCAGCCGCCUCCUCAAGUUACCGGAAGUAAUAUGGAGAUGCUUGGAUAAGAAGUUUGCAUGAUUAGAGUUACUUAGUCAGAUUGGUGUAAUUAAUGUUAACACCAAUCUGACUAAUAACGUACGUUAUUAGGAUGUGUUUCUGUGGGUUAAUUUGUAAAGAGCAAGAGCAAAACUUGACUUAAUUAAUCUUUGUUAAUGUC